AUGUUCGGCUCGCGAAGUGCAGCUUCGAAAGCUGCGCGACGCAUCUCCACCACCUACGGCUCUAUACCUAAGCGUGGAGCUACGCCAAAGAGGCCAUUUCAAACGACAUGCGCCAGAGCAGAAGAGCGGCCAACAUUCAAAGGCCAAUUGUACGAGAGCACCCAGCAAAGAAUCCAGCGUGAGCGCGCAGACCUCGAUCGGUAUGCGCGGAUGCAAAAAGAAUCUCCUGCCUUACGGAACACUGCAAUUACGAUAUCCGUUCUUGUAACGGCCCUUGGAUGCUACUAUCUAGGAUCUUUACGACCAGCCGCGCUGCCAGAAUCGUCUACUACUCCACUCCACACGGCCCAGAAGCCCGAGCACGACACCUCGCCGGCGAAUCUCCAAGCAGCUUGGUCGGAUUUUGUUCAGAUCGUGGGCAAAGAAAAUGUCUCGACGGAAAAGGUUGACUUGGAUACCCACUCUGGCUCAGACUGGUCGUCUUACACCGCGAAAGCCAGCGAGAAGCCAUUCCUAGUUGUAUUCCCCUCAACAACGGAAGAAGUCUCGCGUAUAAUGAAGAUCUGUCACGACAGAAAAAUUCCAGUCACGCCAUUUUCGGGCGGCACUAGCUUGGAGGGCCACUUUUCUCCCACGCGAGGUGGUGUGUGUAUUGACUUCCACCGUAUGGGCCAGAUAUUAGCAAUCCAUGAGAAUGAUUUGGACGUGGUAGUACAACCGGCUGUCGGAUGGGAAGAUUUGAACGAAGAGCUUGCCAAACAUGACCUCUUCUUUCCUCCAGACCCUGGCCCAGGAGCGCAAAUCGGCGGCAUGGUUGGAACUGGUUGUUCUGGAACAAAUGCUUAUCGGUAUGGGACAAUGCGCGAAUGGGUUUUGUCUUUGACAGUUGUUCUCGCGGAUGGUACUGUUAUCAAAACAAGGCAGCGCCCUCGAAAGUCCAGCGCCGGAUACGAUCUGACGAAAUUGUUUGUUGGUAGUGAAGGAACACUUGGUCUAGUAACAGAAGCCACCUUGAAACUCACACCAAAGCCUAAGGGCGAAAGCGUUGCAGUUGCAUCUUUCCCAUCAAUUCAUAGCGCAGCUGAAUGCGUUGCAAGGGUGGUCAGUGAAGGUAUCCAAGUUGCGGGUGUUGAAAUACUAGACGACGUCCAAAUGAAGUGCAUUAAUGAUAGCAAGACAACAAGGCGGUCAUGGAAAGAAUCGCCCACUAUUUUUUUUAAAUUUACAGGGACUCCCGCUGGGGUAAAGGAGCAAAUUAAAAUCGUUCAGAAAAUUGCAAAGGAUACAAAAGGCCAAUCGUUCGAAUUUGCCCAAGGGCAAGACGAGAUCCACGAGCUAUGGAGUGCGAGGAAAGAAGCAUUAUGGAGCGUCAUGGCAAUGAGACGAGAUCCGAACGACCGUGUCUGGACCACUGAUGUUGCGGUGCCAAUUAGCAGGCUGCCCGAUAUCAUUGAGCAGACAAAAGAAGAUAUUACGAAGCACGGAUUGCUGGGGGGUAUUUGUGGACAUGUGGGCGACGGCAACUUUCACACGAUCUUACUUUUCAAUGACAGUGAACGUGAGGUAGCUGAAGGAGUUGUCCACCGAAUGGUCAAACGGGCAGUUGAAAUGGAAGGCACUGUGACUGGUGAACAUGGUGUUGGCCUUAUCAAGCGUGAUUAUCUCCCUCAUGAGCUUGGUGAUUCUACGAUCGACGCGAUGCGAAAGAUCAAACAAGCUCUCGAUCCAUUGUCCCUUCUUAAUUGCGAUAAAGUUGUAAGAAUAGAGCCUCCGAAAGCUGGUGAAGUAAAAGAGUGGUAG